AUGUCAGCUGUGUUGUGUCUGCUGCAGCUGCAUGUCAAACUUUGUAACAACACAGAGCUCGAAUUCUCACAGUUUCUCGCUCCUAACACCCAACUCCAACUGGCCUUUAUGAGGAACAAAUGUUCCUGUAUUUACAGCGAGGAAUUAAUCAUUUUGAGUUUGAAAAGGCGCCCCUGGCCUUCGCUCGCUCCAGCUUAUGUAAAACUCGCUGAGACAUUCAGGAGAGCACAAGGUCCAAGCUGGGGUUUGGGUAACUUUAGAACAAUGAAUAGAGAGAAAUUAGCAAACACCCACACCCAUUCGUUUACAGCUAAGCCGCAAUGUGAAAAACUGACUCAUAGGUACAUGCUUAUGGCCGACAAUAAUAAACUCUACAUAGUUUCUCCUGUACCAUUCUGA